GUUCUCAUGGCACUCUGUAGUUGUACACCACCAAUACCAAGAAGCAGAGCGCAAGACACAAGAAUGGCUAUGGGGCGGGAGAGGCGCAUCAAGCUUCUCAUGGCAGUUGUCCUGCUCCUCACCUUGGCCAAAGGGAGCAACUGCAACAAGACAUGCACGGUGGCGGACCUGGAGCUAUUGCAGUUCCAGGUGGACAAGCACGGCGACCGCACGCCGGAUCACCACAUGAACCCGGCCGGCGGCGCCGGUGGCCGCAAGCUGAAGCAGAUGCCCAUGAGCACGGAGGUGUGGGUGUACAACCACUGCCCGUGCAUGGUGGACAACGUGGUGAUCUACGCGCCCGGCGGCUUCUCCACCAUCGACGCCAACGAGACCGACGGGAGGGUCUUCUCCAAGGCACGGGAGCACCUCUACCUCAUCAACGACGCCGGCCCGCUCCAGCCGUCGGCGAGCUGCUCGCUUCCUCCCUCCCCGCUCGAGGCCUCGGUGAAGAAGAACACGUCCGCUGGCGGCCCACUCGAUGCCUCGGUGAAGGAUUAUAUCUGCCCGUCGGCCUCUUUCUGGUAUACCUGGUACGAUGAGAUCGAGCUCAAGCCUGCCUUCCUCGUGCCUCACUGCUAGAGUGCAGGAAAUUCCAUGUCGAUCCACAUGGAUUUCCGUCCUUGUGAGAAAAUACUCCGUGUGCGUGGUUUAGCUGUAGAGUUUUGGGAUGAUGAGGACCAGACCAGUCCCAAACCUACUCUUCUCUUCACGGAUGUGUAAUCCUCUCAAGGAUCUGUUAUGGUUGCAGAAUAAAUCAAUCAAGUAUUUGCAGAAUUAAUGUUUUGUGCUUUUGUUAAGUUUGUGUUGACGAUGACACACAUCGACGUCAGUUAUUUGUUCCAAGGAUUUAUGUUUCAGUUUAUUCUACGCCUGGUUUCUAAAAAAACAAAUGCAUGUUUCAUGUUUGGUACUACUAGCAAACAAAUGCAUCGGCGUAAGUUCUGAAUGAUUUACAUGGCAUAUUAAUGCAUCACCUUCUU